AUGGCACUACCCGCUCCGCUGCGACUCCCCGCUCCGCUGCGACACCCCGCACCGCGCUCCGCUACGACUCCCCGCUCCGCUGCGACACCCCGCACCGCUACGACUCCCCGCACCGCGCUCCGCUACGACUCCCCGCACCGCGCUCCGCUACGACUCCCCGCUCCGCUACGACCCCGCUCCGCUACGACUCCCGCUCCGCUACGACUCCCCGCUCCGCUACGACUCCCCCCGCUCCGCUACGACUCCCCGCACCGCGCUCGCCCCGCUACGACUCCCCGCACCGCGCUCCGCUACGACACCGCGCUCCGCUACGACUCCCCGCUCCGCUACAACUCCCCGCACCGCUACGACUCCCCGCACCGCUACGACUCCCCGCACCGCUACGACUCCCCGCACCGCUACGACUCCCCGCACCGCUACGACUCCCCGCACCGCUACGACUCCCCGCACCGCUACGACUCCCCGCACCGCUACGACUCCCCGCAACGCGCGCCGCUACGACUGCCCGCUCCGCUACGACUGCCCGCUCCGCUACGACUCCCCGCUCCGCUACGACUUCCCGCUCCGCUACGACGCUCCGCUACGACUUCCCGCUCCGCUACGACUCCCCGCUCCGCUACGACUUCCCGCUCCGCUACAACUUCCCGCACUGCGUGCCACUACGACUCCCCGCACCACUACGACUCCGUGCACAGCUACAACUCCCCGCACCGCGCAACUCGCCUCAACUCGCGAUUUCCCUCCCUGUGA